AUGGCGAAACAUUCUGGAGGUGGCUCUCCAUGUGUGAUCUGCAGGAAUAUUCUUCUGUUGUCAUUAUCAGGUCAGCCCAAGCCAGAGGUAACUUGGUAUAAGAAUGGUCGAGCCAUAGAUGAGUGUGGCAUUGUUUCCAGUUAUGAAUUCUUCCAGAAUCAGUAUAUUCACCUGUUACAUCUCUAUCGCUGUACCCCAGAUGACACCGCUGUUUAUCAGAUCUCUGCUAAAAACUGUUCUGGAAUGAUCUGCUGUUCUGCUUCCAUUGAAGUCAAGUGCUCAGCAGAGAACCCACAGCUCUCCCCUAACCCCAAAGAUGGCGGGGACACGGGUUGGAAACAUGCAACAGAGUCAAGCAUGCAGGAAGAAGCAAACCAGCUUGAUGAGAAAGAACAUCCUCGUAGGGGCGAAGAAAGUGUCCCCUCAGGUAGUUCCAUGUCAGCUGACUCCCCGUCCUCCAAAUUCGGCUGUUCAAGCUCGCUCCGGUUAUUGGCCAAUAAUGACACUGGUGCCUCCGGUUCUGAAAAUCCCUUGGAUGUUAAAGGAGCAAGGCGAACCGAAGAGGCUCGUGAUCUGGAUAGCACAGAGGAAGUUGCGGAUUGGUGGCUUUCUUCUAAAUCAAGUAAUAUUCCCGAUAAGCAACAUGUGUAUUGCCACAGGGCAGUGCAUUCCAAAGGAUCAAGGCCAGUGGAUGGGGCCUUAAACAGUGAUGGCCCUCUUGAGGACGUCUUAAAGUCUGGUCAUCCGAAUCCCAGAGUGCAGAAAUACAUUAGCUUCAGCCUACCGCUGGCGGUGGCGGCCACAUCCGAUGGCCCAGGUGACAGGGCCACGAUUCAGCAGCAAGGCAGCCCACAGGUGUCCAGCGAAGACUCUGACAGCGACUAUGAACUUUGCCCAGAGAUAACCCUAACCUGCACCGAGGAGUUUUCAGAUGAUGACCUAGAGUAUCUGGAAUGUUCCGACGUUAUGACGGAUUACUCUAAUGCAGUUUGGCAAAGGGACCUGCAGGGGACUGGGCAGGUUUUUUUAUUAGAAAGCAACGACGAAGGGAUGGAAUUCGGUUCGUGUGGCCCGGGUGGGCGUGAGCAUUUCCUCAGUGAAAUGGGUUGUGGGCCUCGGGUGUCAGAUGACAUGGAGCCUAUGGAUGCCACCAGUGGCUUCUGCGGUAAUCACUCACAACCCCAAGAAGUAGGGGUGAGGAGCAGCCAAGCCUCCACUCACAGUCCCUCAUCCCUGCAAACGGGGAUGAUUCUGACCUUGGGGCCUCACCGGGAUGUAACGUCUACAGUGACAGACCAGGCGAGAUGUAAACUACCCACUGCUUCUGAGGCUGCUGAAAAUGAUUAUCCAGGAAUUCGAAGAGAAACCAGAGACAGCCACCAAGCAGGAGAGGAAUUCACCAGUGACAAUCUGCUAAACAUGGAUAAAGCGGUGACAGAGACGGCGAUGAAGCGUCUGUCUGGUGAGUUAGAAAACUCAGGGGUGGACCAGUGGUUGGAGAUUGCAGCCGAGAAAAAAGUAGGGGACGAGGUUUCAUUGAGCAAGAGGGGCUCCGAGAUACCUGCCGGGGUGAGGCGGCCAGAAACCAAAGGGGAACCCAAGAAGCUGAGCCCCAACUUGAAAGAAAGCACAACAGAGGCCACCCUUAAUCUCCUCUAUCCCAAAGAGCCUGUUAAGCGCCCAUUAGCCCAGAGUGAUAAAAGAGACGGUCCUCAUGCCAAAGCAGAAGCUGUUGAUUGGAAUUCCCAGUUCCGUGCAGGAGAAUGUGCCGUUCCAGCCCAAGCAGAGCAAGAAGCAAAGACCCUGCGAAUUCCCCUGGGCCCACCCCCCCAAGGAGGGAACUCAAACUUCGAGGGAGAAGGGGUGUUGGUCAGUACCCUAUUUGAGACAAGCGGGGUUCCAGACGGCAGUGCUCAUCCUCAGGUGCAAAUUCAGGAACCGGUCAGGGGGAGAGACACUCUCAGCCGGAUGCCAGCUUUCUCAGAGCCUGCUGGGGAGCCGUCUGCACCUCCUGGGACCACAACAAAUUCCUUCCCCAACUUAGGAAGGAUCGACGAAGAAUAUGCAUCAUUGGCCCAAUACCUGGAGCUGGAAAGCUGCACUCGAUGCCCACAGCACGGAGGCAACCAAGACAGAAAAGACCGCGCACUUGGAAGUUCCUGGGAAGACCUCGGACACGAGCUGAGCAUCCCAGACGCCAGUAAUGAAAACAGGUCCCCCCGGGAGCUGUCAGCGCUUCUCCCCCAGGAGGGCAGCGCUGACCCUGGGGAGCCCAAGCCUCUCUCCGUUGCUUCCCCUGAACCCACAGAUACCAUCACCACCCUGGAAACUGCGGGCGGUGGGCCAAGGGGCAGAGAAGCAGCGUGUGCGUUAGAGCUUCUGGAAGCACGUGGCCAAAGAACACGGCCGACCACGGACUCUCCUGCCGGAGCCUCCCCUGAUAAAUACUCGCCUCACGAAAUUUGCUCCACGGACUUGGAGUCGGCAAAAAGUCAAAGCGAAGUACCUGAUUUAUGUUCUCCUGAUGACAAGACGCCGGGCAUUCUUUUUCAGACGCGAGGUUCUGAGCCUCGACAGCCGCCAUGCAAGAGCGCCAAGGAGCGAGACUCCGCCAUGCCCCCUCUGUUUACCAGUGUUUUCACCUGGAACCUUUCACAAAAAGCCAGUGAAGGGGGCACAGGGAAAAACUUAGCGGCGGUGGAGAAUUGCACCUCCACGCUGGUCUCCACAGUGCGGGCUGGCCAGGAGAGGCCCGGCCCCAGCAACUCAGGAGGCCUUGAGGGAAAACAGCCUCUACGUUCUGAGAACAGCUCUUUUGUGCAGUUGGCAGAAGGCGGCAACGAGGGCCCCAGUAACGGUGGCCCAGACACCACAGACACAUCAGCCAGGAAUGGCUCAGGUGUAAUGUUUCCUCGUGAGACGCCAGCGACUUUCACUGCUCAUCUGGAGGGUCUUCAAGUGGCCAGGGCGAGUGGGGACACAUGGCCCCCAGUUACCAUGGCCCCCAAAGUUCACCCAGCCAAACACCUCCCCGUUUCCAUUGCCGAGAACAGUCUUGCAGAUGGACCCAAGGGGAGCUCACCUCAGGCACCAGAUGAAAAUAUUCUCCACCUCACUUCUCAUGCUCGGUUGGGUCCUAUUUUAAGUGAUUCCAAAACCGAAUCUCUACAGGAGCCCUUUGGCAUGGCUCCCCGUGGACCAGGAGUCCCCAGCCACGUUCCUCGGCUCCCAGAGGCAGAGGGCUUCUGUAGCAGCCGCCCUCUCCAGACUGAUAACCAGUCUGGGGAUAAGAGCCUGACUGUGGACAGGGCAGACAAUAGGAGCCUUGAAGAGGAUUUCCAAGAAAAAGAAAGUGAAAGAACGCAGAGGAUCCAGCACGAGAGCUUACCCCCACAGAGUUUUCCUUCCGAGGGUGGUUUCCAAGAAAGGUGGCCCGUGACAGCUGUUGCACAAGGGGCAAUACACCCGGUGCCCUUGGACCACUUGUCGGCCAACUCCAGGGAGGAGAGCAGGCAGAGCUCAGACCUGGGACCUACUGUGUGCAAGGUGGCCCACGCCACCGUGGAAGAUGAUGGUCAGGCUCUGAGCCACACUCCACCUCUCUCUGAUAUCUUCCUGGAAGGCUCUAGAGAGAGUGGGCCAGGACUUUGGAAAGCGGGCAGAAAGCUGAAGAUUAUAACUCUGGAAGCUCCCAUUUCAGAAGACUGGCUCCCAAGACCACAGACGGGCUCUGAGUGCAAGGAGUUAGAAGCUGGUCCCGUAAUUCCUGACAGGGUCUGGGCUCUAUCUGAUGUUCUCAAGGCUCACAGUCCUCAGGCUGAGGCUGGCCCGGCCCUUGCUAAUAACAGAGAAACCCAUGUCAGUGAAAAACGCGCCAGCCGUGCAUAUUGGAGUAGCCUUUCUUCCCAGUAUUUGAGCCAGCCCAGACUCCUGGAGUCAUCUGUGGAUCCUGUAGACGAAAAGGAAUUACCCGUCACAGAUUUGUCAUCAGAGACUUCCAAAACCGGAGAGAAGGAAAACGUGAGUAAUGUGAGUCAAAACCGAGAGGAAAACCAAAUCAAGGAUCAUGCUGCCUUCCUUAAACAGUUUCUGACCUGCCCUAAAGUCGUAGAAUCCUCUGUAGACCCCACUGAUGAAGCAGGUGUGAUGGUGUGCACCAGGGCUGGGACACCAGGGCCUUCUGAAUCCACACCGGCUAUCAUCAGAGAGGAGAGCAAACUGAAUGAUGGGAACAUGGGCCAGAGACUGGAAGUCCAGCCCGCCAUCUCGCAAGUCCCACGUCCUGACGAAGGUGGGGAAACCAUUCCAAGUGGAUGUGGAAUAAGUCAAAUACAAGAAGGCAGUAAGAGAAGCUUAGGGGAGGCUGAACAAAGUAAAAAUAACAAAGCAGAACCUGUUUUCUCCACUUCACCUCCUUCUAACUGUCUUGCAGUGAUGACUCAUGCGUCUGUUGGCGUUGAUAGUCAAAACUCCACAGGUCAAGUUCAUGACGUCCCCGAGAAUGAUUUAGUUGAGCCCAGAAACCGCCAAUAUGCACGUUCUGACUCGAAGGAAAGGGAAGCUGUUGAGAGUGAGUGUGGGAAACCUUCCCCCUCUUCCAGUGGUCUCGCUCCGUUGCCCUGUGCUUCAUCUCCCAAAGGAAACACUGCAAACUUUUCAUUAAGCCACACAAUUCGGGAAGCUCAAAGAGAGGAGCCCCACACUGGGGAAACCAAGCAUGUGAGUACCUCUGGCUCUCCAGCAGUGACCUCGGCAUCUGGUUCAGGUGAAUGUGCCUCGGAGAAAGCUCCUAAGAUAUUACAGCACCCAUGUCAACAGGGCUCCAACCUGGGCUGUGGGAGAAGAACCAGGGAAGAGAAUCUCGGUCACACGGCAACCCGGACCCUCAGAUUCCCAAAAGCCCCACCGGCAGGGAGUGGCUCAGAGGAGGUCAAGAAGCCAGAAACCUCAGGGGGUGGACAUUUAGCUGAGGGGGUAAAGAAGAAAAUUCUGUCCAGGGUGGCUGCCCUGAGGCUGAGAUUGGAAGAGAAGGAAAAUGUCCUAAAGAGCUCAAGUUUUCUUAAAAAGAUUCCUAAACUCGAAACACCGGCAUCAUGCACAGAGGAGGAAAAAGACGCAAAAAAGCCACCUUGCAAAAGAGAAGGGAAAGCUCCGAUAUUACUAAAAAAGAUCCAAGCCGAGAUGUUCCCUGACCACUCUGGGAAUGUAAAAUUAAGCUGCCAGUUUGCAGAAAUUCAUGAAGAUUCUACGGUCUGGUGGACAAAGGAUUCCAAGUCAGUAGCCCAAGUGCAGAGAAGGGCAGACGACACCUCGGCUGUGUCCUUGGCCGUCGUCCAAGCCGGUCAGAAGGACCAGGGCAUCUACCGUUGCUGCAUCAAGAACAGUUACGGCAAAGCGACCGCUGAGUUUAACCUUACCGCUGAAGUUCUGAAACAACUUGCGAGUCAGCAGGAUGUUAAAGGAUGUGAAGAGAUUGAAUUCAGCCAACUCAUCUUCAGAGAAGACUUCCUCAGGGACAGCUACUUUGGGGACCACCUGCGAGGUCAGAUCGCCACGGAGGAGCUGCACUUUGGAGAAGGGGUCCACCGGAAAGCCUUCCGCAGCAAAGUGAUGCAGGGCCUCAUGCCCGUCUUCCAGCCUGGCCACGCCUGCGUGCUCAAGGUGCACAACGCUGUUGCCUACGGGACCAGAAACAACGAUGAGCUCAUCCAGAGGAACUACAAACUCGCUGCCCAGGAAUGCUAUGUCCAAAAUACUGCCAGAUACUAUGCCAAGAUCUAUGCUGCCGAAGCACAGCCUCUGGAAGGCUUUGGAGAAGUGCCAGAGAUAAUCCCUAUUUUUCUUAUCCACCGACCGGAGAACAACAUCCCUUAUGCCACAGUGGAGGAGGAGCUGAUUGGAGAAUUUGUGAAGUAUUCCAUCCGGGACGGGAAGGAAAUAAACUUCUUGAGAAGAGAAUCAGAGGCUGGUCAGAAGUGUUGCACCUUCCAGCACUGGGUAUACCAGAGAACAAGCGGCUGCCUCCUGGUCACGGACAUGCAGGGUGUGGGAAUGAAGUUAACUGACGUUGGCAUAGCAACACUGGCAAAAGGGUACAAAGGAUUUAAAGGCAACUGUUCCAUGACCUUCAUCGAUCAGUUUAAAGCCCUACACCAGUGUAACAAGUAUUGUAAAAUGCUGGGCCUGACAUCACUUCAAAACAACAGCCAGAAACAGAAGAAGCCAGCCGUCACGAAAAGCAGAAUUCAGCCAGACUCCACAACCGUAAAGAAGAUGGCUUCCGGGAGCCCAGCGGGAAAGAAAACCUCGCACCCCCUGUGA